AACAAGUCUGCAGUGUGUUCUUGAUUGAAGCUCGAAGUCCCAGGAUUAGUGCGUCAAAAAUCGGUGGAAAGUUCUUUGUGUGUUGAGUGGAUGGGGUUAUUUUCAGCGCACAGAGGCUUAAGAUUCAACACUUCCAAGAUAAGAUUAGCCUAGAUCUGAACAGUUACUAUAGCAACCACUAUGCCUGUUGCAAUGGAGGAACCCAGUGAUCAACGCAACCCAGAAGCCAUGGAUACCGUUGUUGACAAUCUUCAUAACAUCGGGAAUUCUGCAGAAGCACAGAGCGUUGACCUCUUAUUCCUCAAGGAAGUCAUGCAAGGAAGAGUUCUGCAGAAUCUGGUUAAGGCACAUGACACACUGGAGGAGAUUGAACUGAAACCAAUGAGGAAAGAUGGUAUUUCUCUCCUCAAUGAGGUCAUUGAUGACAUCGGUCCGUUAAUAGCAGAAGAUGACGGUGCUGCUGAACUGGCAGGAAUUCUGGAUGACCUCAACUUCACAUCCUUAACCAAGACCCAUGACAGCAUUGCUAAUGGUGACUUUGAGCAGCCGUCUGUCUUCUUGGAUCGUACUCGUCCAGCCUAUCCACCCCCUCAUGAGUUCAACGCUGUCGGAGACGCCAUCAGGAUGGUUGGAAUCAGGAAAGGAAAAGAUGAGCCUUUGGGAAUAACAUUGAAACAGGAGCAUGGAGAAGUAGUCGUCGCCAGGGUAAUUCAUGGAGGCAUUAUUGAGAAACAGGGUCUUUUGCAUGUAGGUGAUAUCAUUAAGGAAGUGAAUGGCCUUGAUGUGACCAAUGACCCUGAUGCAUUGCAGGAACAUAUGAAGAUGGCUUCCGGUAACGUUACACUCAAGAUUAUUCCAAGCUAUCACAACGAUUAUCACAACCUACCUGUGUACGUCAGAGCCUUCUUCGACUACAACCCUGCCCAUGACAGCUUAAUACCGUGCCCUGAGGUUGGGCUGUCCUUCCAGAGAGGAGAUAUCUUAUGCAUUGUGGACAGAGAGGACCAGAACUGGUGGCAGGCAUACAUUGUGGGCGGUGACAAUGCAACAGGUCUUAUACCCAGUGUAGAGCUGGAGGAGCGGAGGCGAGCUUUUGUCCCAAAAGAGAACGUUUAUACAAGACAAACAGUGGCAUGCGGGCUUAUACAGAGUAAAAGACGACGCCAUGAGCGUUAUCAGACGCGUAAGAACUACGAGUUUGACCGCAGUGACAUCGUGAUCUACGAGGAGGUUCAGGAAAUGCCGCCGUUUCAGAGGAAGACAUUGGUGUUACUCGGCGCUCAGGGAGUAGGUCGGAGAAUACUCAAGAAUAAACUCAUCGAUAGUGACCUGAAGAGAUAUGGCACUGCUGUUGCUCAUACAUCAAGACCGCCCAGGGAAGGUGAGGAGAAUGGUCUGGAUUAUUGCUUCUCAAUGCGUCUAGACAUGGAGGAGGACAUUCGUCAGAAUCGCUUCCUUGAAUAUGGGGAGUACGCAGAGAAUCUGUACGGGACAACGUUUGAUGCAAUACGAACGACGAACAAAUCUGGCAAGAUGUGUGUUUUGGACAUCAAUCCUCAGUCACUGAAGCUUCUCAGGAACAGUGAGUUUCUACCCCUGGUUGUAUUCAUCAAGGCUCCUGAGUUAGAAACACUCCGCCAGAUCCAUGAUGCAGCCAAAGUACCUGGAGAAUUAGAGAAACAUGUAACGGAUGAUGAUCUUCAGAAGACGGUCAAAGAGAGUGCUCGGAUGGAGCAGACGUAUGAUCACCUUUUCGAUGUCGUCAUCGUCAACAGUAACUUAGAGGAGUCGUUCAGUAAACUCAGAGAGGCCAUUGAUGGGAUGUCUUCCAAACGACAAUGGGUUCCAGUAGAUUGGGUGUACGACUCGCCCAUGAUCAAUCCAAUGACAUCAUUUUAAAAUGAGAAUGUGUGGUGGGGAGGGGGGUGGAAUUAUUCAUGUGGAGGUUUAUACCUCUACUUUACAAAAUUGAUGCAAGAUAUAUUUUUUAGUGCUGCAAGCUACAUGAUAAUGUGUAUAAGGAGGGGUGAAACCACUUUGCGCACAACCAAUGCCGUACGCCCCUAGUGUAUGUUUCAUGAUGUUUCUUUCUUUAUAAAUUGUUUGUAUCGAACGACUGGAAAAAUCAUGAUUCAGAGUUAUGAUUUUUGGCGAUCAGAUAAUGUUAUGUAAAUGUAUAAGAAUUUCAGCUGAAUUUAGACAGUUCAGUCGACCACUAAAUUAUCGCAAGCUACUAGCAGCCUCUGUGGUCUCUGAAAGGUUAUUUAAAAAAAGGACUUGGUUUGUAACAAAAACAUAUGUAAGAAUGAUGAAUUGUAAUAAUUGAAUUGGAAACUCAAAACGCUUUAUCCAUUGUAGUGUGGAAUGCGUUUUGAUUCUACAAUAUGAGAGAACUUUUUAAACGAUAACUUGUUAUACAUAUAACUCCUUCUCUCUGUGUGGAAGGAUUCAAUCCUGAUAUUUGAAACAACCAAUUUAUCAUUUAUCAAUCUAAAAAAAAGAAAUGCUGGCUUUUCCUGUGUGUUUCCAAAAGCAAAUGAUGAAAUUGUAUUGAUGAGAUUUUAAAAAGCUUUUGAUUAAAUAGACAAGUACGUCUUUACUUUUUCACUCUUAAACAGGGUUGGGAGAAAACUGACACUUCUGUUCUUUUUAAUAUUCCCUAAUACUACAUUGCAUUAUGAAAGUGUUAGUAGUUAUUUAUUUAUAUGCAUUUACUCUAAGAUGCCGGUAGGCUAUCUAGUCAGUGAAAAGACCUCAGAAAUUGGUAGCAAACCACAUACCACACAAUUUAGGGUUAGCUAUAAAUCUAUAAAUCUCCAUCAUUCUAUUAUAUUUGAUUCGCAUUCACACAGCUGAGUUGUACUUGUAUUUUGAUGUUGAUGUAUUUCAAUAUACCAGGCUAGCAUGUUUUUCUCAGGACAAUUCAGUAAGAUCUAAACUACUUGCGUCCAGCUACCACUGGCUUACUGUUAUGCAUGCUCACAUGUAUUGGUACAUUGCUGCAUGCUAUAUUAUGCUUUAUCAUUCUCUAUACAUAUGAAAUAUGUACAUGUCUUGGGCUUGGACUUCAAGCAGUGUCAAGUUUCAUCUUGAGGCAAUCUUAGGCUGUGUCUAUAUUGGCAGCUGUGCAAUUUCGUAGUUAUUUUAACACAUUGCUUUGCCCCCUUUUCACAAUGGGUAUAGUUUCGUCUAUUGUUUUAGUUCCAUAGAUGUAUCCCAUGACAGUACUGUGAUCUUGUUUUGUGCAAAAUGAGAAAAAUUUCACAUUUAUUCCAGCAGUAAAUGAUAAACAAUUUUUGUUUCUAAACCGUAGUUUGGGAAACUUGUAACAAUUAUGGCACCCGUCAGAACACCAGUUACAUUGAAAACUGGGCUGUUUUCUUCUAACAUAUUUCACACCCCAAAAAAAUAUGAAAGAAGAAACAAAUAAAAAGUUAUACCAAUUUUAUAUUAUUGCCCAUUUUUGUUUCAAUAUUUAACUUUCGUUUCAUAUUUGUUUAUGUCCAACAUUUAUCUUGAAUAGUGAAACUAGAGUCAAUUGCAUUUUUUGUUUUGCUGAAUAGUGCUAUAUUGAACAUUAUAUGAACAAUUAGCUUUUAGUUGUUUGUAUAAAUAUAUAUUAUGCAAUAUCUACUAUAGAUCUGUUUGGAUUAAUAAUUGUUUUACUUCCAUGUCUCACAUUCAGAAUUCUUCCAAAAUUCUUUUUUUUCCCCGUUUCUUCUGUCCACAUCUAGCAGUAAAAAUUAUAAACUGCUUUAGUCGCCCUAUACAGCGUAGUGCGCUGCAAAAUUCCUUGUGAAUAUAGCCACAAGCAAUUCAUAUUCAAUCGACAAUUUAAUGGUUUUUGCUACACAAGAUUUCUCAGUGGUUAGCAGAUUUUUUGUGCUUAAAGUUAACCCCUUUAUGUUCAAACAAAUAUAUAUCUGGACACAACUUCAUGAAGCUAUUAAACAGAAUUCUGCUCAGCAAAUUGUUUUACAUUAAGCAAAAACUAGUCACAGGCUAUGUACAUUUCAUCCAUGGCAUUUUUGGCUUGUCCGCUGAGCAAGAUUUAAGUUUAUGUUUAAAAGCUUUAUGAAAUUGAGCCCAGGGCAGUUGGAGUGGAUUGUAGUAUUAUUUUUAUUUUCCCAAACAGCAUUUUUUAUUAAGAGUCUUAUUAUUCUUUGCUUUUGUAAUUGUUCACUUGCAAAAAUGUAUUCAGGUUUUUACGACAGAGAAUAUUCAUUUAUAUUUGAAUAGUUGUAUUUGUUUAUACUAUUUAUACUCUGAUUGUAGGAGUGAGUUUCAGUUAUUGGUUAGAUUGUAUCCGUAGUUGUGAUAAAUUGGUUACACUAGUUUUCUAAUUGUGUGACAAGGUUGUCUUUGUUCUUGCUAUAAACUUGAACAGUUAGAGAAAAACAUUGAUGGAAAUAAAGUUAAGCCCAAAGUCAUAUAGCUGCUUUAAGCACACAAUGUAGCUAAGCACAACCAAUAAUGCUUUCCAGCAUAGUGUUACCAGCCAAGAUUUCAUAUCACAUGAACCAUUUGCAACUGGUUGCCUGCUCUGUUUUUCUUAAGAGAAAACUUUUGGUAACUACUCAAAUAAUUGUUAGCAUAAAAACUUUGUUGAGAAAAGGUGUAAUUUCUCACUUGAGUAUUA